CGGCUGCAGCAGGUGCUGUGUGAUGCGUUCCGGCGUCUUUGCUGCACGGAUCACAACGGUGAUGGCGGGCAGCCGGUCUGGUUGGAGCCGGGCGGCUCUUUUCCAGCUUCUUCUUGGCGUGAACCUGAUGGUGAUGCCACCCACCCAGGCCCGGAGCCUGCGCUUUGUUACCUUGCUGUAUCGACAUGGAGACCGAUCCCCAGUGAAGACAUAUCCAAAGGAUCCCCAUCAGGAAGAGGAAUGGCCCCAGGGGUUUGGUCAGCUAACCAAGGAAGGGAUGCUGCAGCACUGGGAGCUGGGCCAGGCUCUGCGGCAGCGCUACCAUGGCUUCCUAAAUGCCUCUUACCGCCGGCAAGAGGUUUAUGUGCGCAGCACGGACUUUGACCGCACACUCAUGAGUGCAGAAGCCAACCUGGCUGGACUCUUCCCUCCUGACGGGACGCAACGCUUCAAUCCUAACAUCUCCUGGCAGCCCAUCCCAGUGCACACUGUGCCUCUCACUGAGGACAGGCUGCUAAAGUUCCCCCUGGGCCCCUGUCCCCGUUAUGAGCAGCUGCAGAAUGAGACCCGGCAGACAGCAGAGUAUCAGAAUGAAAGUGCCCAGAAUGCACAAUUUCUGGCCAUGGUGGCCAAUGAGACAGGGCUCGCCAACCUGACCCUAGAGACCGUGUGGAACGUGUAUGACACGCUCUUCUGUGAGCAAACCCAUGGGCUACUGCUGCCUCCCUGGGCCUCACCCCAAACCAUGCAGCGCCUGAGCCGCUUAAAGGACUUCAGCUUCCGCUUCCUCUUCGGCAUCCAUGAGCAGGCAGCCAAAGCCCGGCUUCAGGGGGGAGUCCUGUUGGCUCAGAUACGGAAGAACCUGACCCUCAUGACAACCACCUCCCAGCUCCCUAAGCUGCUGAUCUACUCUGCGCAUGACACUACCCUGGUCGCUCUGCAAAUGGCCCUGGACGUCUACAGUGGUGCACAAGCCCCCUACGCCUCCUGCCACAUAUUUGAGCUAUACCAGGAAGACAGUGGCAAUUUCUCAGUGGAGAUGUACUUCCGGAAUGAAAGUAAGAAGACCCCGUGGCCCCUGAUCUUGCCUGGCUGCCCUCACCGGUGCCCACUGCAGGACUUCCUUCGCCUCACAGAGCCCGUUGUGCCCAAGGACUGGCACCAGGAGUGCCAGCUGGCAAGCAGUACUGCAGACACAGAGGUGAUUGUGGCCUUGGCUGUGUGCGGCUCCAUCCUUUUCCUUCUCAUCGUGUUGCUCCUCACUGUCCUCUUCCGGACGCAGGCCCAGCCACCAGGCUACCGCCAUGUGGCCGACGGGGAGGACCACGCCUGACAACCACUCAGCCCCCUUCCCGCUGCCUCCUAGGGAAGUGGGCUGGCCCCGCUCUUGACUGCCAGUGCUCCCAACCUGUGGACAGGAGGCUGGGUUGGCCUCCCUGACUCCCCAGCCCAGACAGGCAAUGGGGCCUGUCAUGGCCCACAGCACCUGUCACCUACCUGACUUCUACCAAGUACUGUGUUGGAUGCUGGCUUCUGAUGGACCUGCCUCUUCCCUCCUCCCUGAGGACCUGAGGUGUACACAAGCGCUCAUCUCACUCAGGACUUGGGAUAAAAACUCCAAAGGAGUCAGUCCCCAUCUGCCUUGCUUCUCCACCAUGCCCUGCUCUCUCCCUUCUGGUUUGGAGUUUUGGCAAAUAACUCAAAGAGGACAUCGUUUUGCUACAUAGCGCACAUUUUAGAGAGAAAAACUGCACAACAAUGGGCUAUAAACAUUGACUACGAAGAAAUCAGGUCGCCCAACAACCAGCAAGCCAGUUGUCUUGUGUCCGGCAGAAGCCACCAUUAGUGUGUGAUGUGUCACCUAAGCUUGAGCAGCUCACAAGGGUGUUUGUACUUUGCAGGGGAGGGAAUUGGGAGGUGGGAGGGAGUGAAUCAAACUGAAUCAGGAACCUGUUUUCCCCACCCUGGGGCUAGGGAACUGGACUGCUAGACUGUGGCCCUGAACAGGGCUAUAGCAAUUUCCGGAAAAUGAAGUUUUGGAUCACAA